CUUAAUUUGCUGGCUGAGAAACCAGUCUUCUCUUUUGUUCACUGAAUGACUGACUGGCUGUGGUGUUUAUUGUCUGGCUGACAAAUUGCUAUUUGGUUCAUUAAACACAGGCUAACUGCUGAUGUUAUUAACUGACUGGCUGACUGAGCUACUUGCUAUUUAAUUCCCUGACUGGCUGCCUUAGUUAUUUCACCUGUGCCUGCUGCAUAGCUGAUUAUUUCAUAUGCAGGCUUACUAGUUUGCUGACUGGCUGGGAGUGGCAUCAUCAUUGUCACACUCUGGCUCUGUGAUUGUUUGGAUUUGGAGGAUGUGUGAUGGAGAAGAGGAGAGGCUCGACAUAAGAAAAUUCAAAGAAGGAAAGAUCUAGGAGCAGGAAGCAGAAGAGAGAAGAUAGCAGGAAGAAACCUUACAGGAGAAAAUUGGAUUUUGGAGCAAAAGGAAGGGAGAUUGUCUGGGAAGGAAGGGUGACAAGAGGAGGCGUGGCAGCGGAGAGAGAGAUAGAGCAGCGAGAGAGAGAAGGGGAGGAGAGUGGAUGCAACCCACACCCUGAGAUGCUGUGCUGGCUGAGAGAAGACGAGAUGUCGGUCCAGGAGCUGCUACAGAGGGUGCAGUGUGUCAUCACUCAUGUUGAUGAGAUCAUGCAGCAGGAUAUCAGGCCCCUGCUGGCUGUGGACAUCAUAGAGCAGCUUCAUCGCCAGUUUGCCUUGCUCUCAGGAGGGCGAGGGAAAGAUGGUGCCCCCAUCAUUAUCUUCCCAGAGUACUCAGGCUUCAGCGAAGUGCCAGAGGAGGACUUCCUCAAUGUUGCCACCUACUUGACCAGCAUACCCAGUCUGGAUGCUGCCAGUAUCGGCUUCAUUAUCAUCAUCGACCGGCGAAAGGACAAAUGGAGCUCAGUGAAGGCUUCUCUAUCCAGGAUCGCUGGGGCGUUUCCAGGAAACCUGCAGCUGGUGUUAGUGCUGAGGCCAUCAAGGUUCUUCCAGAGGGCUAUAGCAGACAUUGGGAUCAAGCUGCACAAGGAUGACUUUAAAAUGAAGGUACCGAUUGUGAUGUUAAACUCUCUGUCGGACCUGCACGGUUAUGUGGAUAAAGGCCAGCUGACCCGGGAGCUAGGAGGAAGCCUGGAAUACUGUCACAGCCAGUGGAUCCACCACCGAACCGCUAUAGAGAACUUCGCCAUGACAGUGAAAAGCACAGCCCAGAUGUUACAGAAGUUUGGGACAGACCUGGCAGAGACAGAGCUGCCCAAUGAUGUCCAGUGCACCAAAGACUUGCUCACCUCACACACCAACAAACACGACAACCUGAAGGAUGAACUGAAGCUUGCUUUGAAGCAGGGCACUACCUUGUUAGGUUGUAUCAAGGAGCAGGCAGCCAAGUCAGAGAACCACAAACUCAACCCAGAUGAGCUGGAGAACCAAACCACUGUGGAAAGACUCCUAGCCCAGUUGGAUGAGACAGAGAACGCCUUUGAACAGUUCUGGUGUAAACACCAUCUGAAACUGGAGCAGUGCCUGCAGCUACGUCACUUUGAACAAGACUUCAGAGAGGUCAAAGUGUCUCUGGAUAGUUUGAUGGACAGUCUAACCAACCUAUCAGAUAUUGGCGAUUGUGUAAUCAGAGUUGAACACCUGCUGAAGGAACUGAAAGCACUGGAGGAGAAGGCUCUGCCCACACUAGAAAAGGCCCAGCUCCAUGCACUGCACGGUGACCAGCUGAUCCAGAGCAAUCACUACGCUGUGGACUCUAUUCGACCCAAAUGUGUGGAGCUCCGACGGGUCUGUGACGACUUCAGCAAUGAGUCCAAGAAAAAGACGGAUGUCUUGUCCAAAUCCCUGCAGAUACACAUGGGAAUUGAUAAGGUAAACCAGUGGUGUGAGUCUGGCAUCUACCUGCUGGCCUCCCAGGCUGUGGAUAAAUGUCAGUCACAGGAAGGGGCAGAGUCAGCACUGACUGACAUUGAACACUUUCUGGAGUCGGCAGAAAAGAACCAACUGACUGAACUGAGGAACCUUCAUAACCAGUAUGAGGUUGUCCUGUCCGAGGAUAUCAAGGCCAAUGUCCUGAAGGCACUGAAGCGCCUAGAGGAUGUCCAGGAGAUGUUUCAGAAGCGACACGUCAGUCUGAAGAGGCUGUCAGCUAAACAGACGAGGCCCGUCCAGCCUGUUGCCCCUCGGCCUGAGUCCUCUCCCAAACGGCCUUCGCUGAAGAACCCUCCCAGGACUACAGGGAGCCAGCAGCCUUUGGCUCGCAGAACUUCCGAUAACUCCAACAGUGGCAAGCAGCCAGCUGAAGCUGAUCCCAGCAAGAGGAAGAACAUACGCAAAGCCAAAGGAGGCAUCAAGAUCGAGGUGAUGCAUGAGGAAAGCCAAGGAGGCUCCACCCAUGUGGUUGUGAACAACGAGACAGAGGAGAGUCUAUCCAACAGACGCAGACACAUCAUGACUGAGCUGAUUGAAACAGAGAGGCUAUACGUGGAGGAACUGCAAAGCAUCAUGGAGGGUUAUUUUGCAGAGCUGGAUAACUCAGAGCUCAGCCAUCUCAUCCCCCCGUCCCUGGAGAACAAAAGGGAUGUGCUGUUUGGCAACCUGCCAGAGAUAUAUGAAUUUCACAAUAGGACAUUUCUGAGGGAGCUGGAGGACUGUGUAGAGAAACCAGAACUGGUGGGAACCUGUUUUCUGAAAAGGAAAGAAGAGCUUCAGGUGUAUGAGAAGUACUGUCAGAAUAAACCCCGCUCUGAAGUCCUUUGGAGACAGUGUGGAGACAGCCUCUUCUUUCAGGAAUGCCAGAAGAAACUGGACCACAAACUGUCUCUGGAUGCCUACCUGCUGAAGCCUGUCCAGAGGAUCACCAAAUACCAACUCAUGCUCAAGGAGAUGCUGAAAUGCAGUAAGGGGGAGUGGACAGCUGAGUUGGAGGAGGCUUUAACCACAAUGCUGGACAUCAUCAAGUCUGUCAAUGACUCCAUGCACCAAAUAGCCAUCACUGGCUUUGAGGGUAACCUGAGUGAACUGGGGAAACUACUGAUGCAGGGGUCCUUUAAUGUGUGGACUGAUCACAAGAAAGGCCACAGCAAGGUGAAGGACCUGGCCAGGUUUAAGCCCAUGCAAAGGCACCUGUUCCUGUAUGACAAGAUGAUGCUGUUUUGUAAGAAACGUGAGGAGACCACAGAUGGACACGAGAAGACCCCAUCCUACAGCUUCAAACACUCACUCAAGAUGAGUGCUGUGGGGAUAACAGAGAAUGUCAAAGGUGACAUCAAGAAGUUUGAGGUGUGGUACAAUGGCAGAGAGGAGGUUUACAUCAUCCAGGCUCCCUCCAUGGAUGUGAAAAAUAUGUGGGUGUCAGAGAUUCGUAAAGUUCUUACAGGCCAGCUAGAGGCAUGCAGAGAAGCCAGCCAGCUAAACAUCUACGGGGCCCCCAUGAGGAAUGUGCGUAAGAUGGCACUGAGACAGUCCGAUUCAUCGAGUCCAGAGUCAGGCUUCAGGAGGACCAACCCCAGCCCUAAUAUGAGGCAGAAGAGGGUUGAUGCUUCAGCCAGCCAAUCAGGCCACUCGGCUGCUAACGCUAGGAAACGCUUCACCUUGCAGGGACUUUCCAACAGGAGGUCUCUUCCAGCAGAGCCUGCUGCUAAGGAGGCAGAGGUCACCCGCCGCUUCUCUCUCACCUCCUCUCUUGCCUCCUCUUCCUCCUCCUCUUUCGCUACACGGCGCACUAAAGGUCCCCUGUCUGCUAGCAUAAAGAGCAAGAGACAUGAGAUAAAGAGUGAUCCUACUCCAUUUGGUUAUGAAGAUACUUUGCGUGGUGCUAUGGCUGCAGUCAGGAAACGUCAGAGUAUGACUAGCAGCACUGCUACUGCUGCUGGCAACAACUCAGCUGUCCCUAGAUCCACCUCCCAACCAGGCUGGGCGCCACGGCGUCUCCCUUCCAUGGAAACAGAUGACUUUGAGACGAUCCCGUCCAGUGCAGAGGAAUCUUCCAACUCUUCAGAAGAGGAAGGCAAUAAUAAAAAUGGUGACAGUGGUCGUUACCGGGUGCAGUUGACCUAUGAGUCUCGUGAAGCUCGAGACCUCUCUCUCGAGACGGGUGACCUGGUCCAGUUUCUGGAGGAAGCGGAGAGCGGACACUGGCUAGUGAAGAACCUUUUAACAGAGGAGACGGGGCUGGUACCGUCCAGUAUACUGCAAACAUCAUCUGAAGGAGAUAUCUUCAGUGAUCUGUGUACAGCAGCACUCUCUGACUUGGAUGAAAAUGAAGCCAGUAUGUGGGGAGAUGUGUCUCAGGAUAGCAGAUAAACAUGGCUGACUAUUGUAGUUCAUUACAUUGGACUACAAACAUGUUUGUUGGAUCACAAACAUGUUUUUUCAACUGUAAUUUCCUAAGCUGGACUUUAAAUAUCAAUGACUAUUAGUUUUCUACUUGUAGUUCUUCAUGUUGGACUACAAAUAUGGCCUGAUAUUGUUUUGCAGCUGUGGUUUUUCCAUGUCUGACACAUUAAAGCUUCUCAGUGAAGUCUCUAGAAAAAGCUGGAACCUUAACAUGCCCGAAUGCUACAGUGGGAAAGCUAUAUAAGACUUUUAAUUCCGGAAGUACCUGCUGUCAUCUGUGGAGAGCUGAAGAUUGCAUGGAUGUGGACAAUGGACUUUACAUCCUAAAUUGGAUUAAUUCAGACUUUGUACUGCACGGACUGGGCUGAAUCCCUGAAAAUUCAAAUCCUAUUUCUGACUUGGAUAAUCUUAGAGAAUGUGAUGAAUUCCAAGUGUUGGUUGUGAGCAGGCUUUGGCAAGGUGCCCUGUUUUGCUGCUACACUACUCUGAAGCAAAACUCUUUCAGACCAGGUUCUGCUUCUGCUGCCCUCCUUCAGCCGCUUCGACUUUUCAGGUUCAAACUACAGACAUGUCAAUAUAGCUGCAGUCUCCAACAGAACCUACACGUUGUCUUACUGCCUUUCUUCACCCUAAAACAGUGCCCUCAUAAUACAUUAUAGAUAAAGAAAAAAUUCUCUCAAAUUUGGGCACAAAUUACUUAAAAUCUGUGUUAGUGAGCACUUCUCCUUUGCCAAGAUAAUUAAUCCACCUGACAGCUGUGGCAUAUCAAGAUGCUGAUUAAACAGCAUCUUUACUUAACAGUUGUGCCUUGGGAUUGUCACAAUAAUAGGCCGCUCUAAAAUGUGCACUUUGAUCACACAGCGGGAUGGCACAGAUGUCCUAAGUUUUAAGGGAGUGUGCCAUUGGCAUGCUGACUGCAGGAAUGUCCACCAGAGCUUUUGCCUGUGAACUGAACAUUCAUUUCACUACCAUAAGCUGACUCCAAUGCCAUUUCCCUGAAUUUGGCAGUACAUCUUAACAUCCAAAAGUCGGUUGCAAUGACUGCCAGGUCAAGACCGUGGUGAGAACAGUGAGCAUGCAGAUGAGCUUCCCUGAGAUGGUUUUUGACAGUUUCCGCAGAAAUUUUUCAAUAGCGCAAACCAAUUAUUGUAUCUGUCCCGGUGGCUGGUCUGACACAAUGUUGCAGGUGAACAUGCUGGAUGUGAAAGUCUUGAGCUGCUGUAGCUACAUGUGGUCAGAGGUUGUUCAGCUGGUUGGAUGUACUGCCAAAUUCACAGAAAUGAAACUGAUGAUGUAGUGACAUGAACAUUCAUUUUGGUAGGUGUAAAAACCUAGGUCCCUUUUUUUCCCUUUAAAAUACAUGUUACUUUUCUAAAUUUGGACGUUUUUGUAGUCAGUGAAUGUCACACAGGAGGAGCUCUCUGUGAGUUCUUCUUAUUCCUUAACUGCACUUUGUUAGUGGCGGGGUAGGUAAUUGAUCUGUCAUUCUGUUUAGAAGUGAUCUGAUCUAGACCCAGUUUAGACCCAGGCUAAUGAACAGUUAAGUUUCACUUUCAAUGCACUUGACAUUCUGCCAAGUAUGGCACUCUAAGAGUGUGCUCUGUGCUCAGACAGUGUGGUGCUGUAAAUAAGCAAACAUAUGUAUGUUUCAACAGUGCUCCCUAAUGUACAGUCAAAAAAAUAGCCCCAAAACAGCUCGAAAAAUAGAAAUCGAUUUGUGGCAGCUGAUGUUUUGACAAAUAAAUGAAUGACUAUCCCAAGGCACACCUGUGUAAUAAUGAUGCUGUUUAUCAGCAUCUUAAUGGAUUACCUUGAAAAGAAGAGGUGCUCACUGACACAGAUUUAACAAAUUCGUGACCAACAUUUUGGAGAAAUAUAUCUAUUGGGUGCACAGACAAGUAUUAGAUGUUAAACCUGUGGAAAAUGGAAGCAAAAACAAAAAUGUUGCCAUUUGUUUGUCACUUGGGGGCAGAAAUGAACUGAUAAAAAUUAAAAAUGAAACGGCUAACAUGUUAACAAACAUAUCUGUCACACAUGGAGAUACAUUGGAAUUGCUUUGGAGUCCUGUUUCUGGCAACCUGAUGUCAAACAUUAACUCUCCCCCUAGCUUUUGGUCUCCACCAACUUUUGACAAAUAUAACUAGUUGAAUUUUUUGUGUCUUGACCAGCUAGUUGCUAACUUUGUCUGUCUGCCUUCUGCUGCCAGGACAGGUACUGUGCAUCUUCUGUAAGGUAGCUUGUUUGCCUAAAACAGCUUUCUGUUGUGUCCAGAAACAUGGCUGAUGAGACUUGUGAGACCAGACAGUGAGUGAAGGCCAUAAAACCAAAACAACAGCUAAAUGAGCACGUAAAAAGUCAUCGAGCUGAGUGUAACUGCAGAGUACUGUGACACUUCUCAGUGGAACUGUCACUACAAGCUACUCUGUUCACAUUACACAUAGUGAGUUAUUGUGCAUGUAAAAAUGCAUUGAUUGGCGCCGCUUUAAAAAAACAAAGUUUACUGUGACAGUUCACUAUUUGCAACAAUUGAGAAAAUCUCAUUUCAAAGGAAUUGUCUUCAUCAGCUAAUGACGGUUUAAUUAUUUUCCAAAAGAAAAUUCAUUUGAGAAAUAAAUCAGUCAUAAUGUGUUUAUUUGUUAUACAUGCACAGUGAAUAGCAGACAGAAGAAGCUAAGUGGGUUUUGAUGGGAAUUAAGCAUUACUGUAGCACAUCCCUUCUUUAGAUGAAUGGGGCAGUGGUGUAAAUAAAGUUUCAGGAAACAAAUUUAUCUCAGUGACACACUAUGCUACUUGGACUCAUUUCUAUGUGAUGAGGUUUUUACUAGCAAGCUUUUUGAGACAUUUCACACUGCAUGCCAGAUGCUAUCUAUAGGCAGUACAUUUCAAGCAUUAUGUACAGUAACUCAAUUGAUAUACUAUUCAGGUAAUCAGAAAUCUAGAUAUGAGUUAGCAAUGAUGUUGAUCAAUGUGUAGACUUAAUAUCAUUGUGAGUAAGCUCAUUUUCCAUGGAUAAUUUUCACAAUAUUCAUGCACACAGAUCUCUUCAUGUCCUGUUGAUUUAUCUCUGCAUCCAUACAGCAUCAGCUCAUGGUUAGCCAUGGCUCAUAGCUCAUGGCUGGCACUUGUUCAGACACAUACUUGAUCACAGACCAGAUUGAUUGUAUUCUAACCCUUGAAAUUCCUUAAAGGAUUUGAACCUUGGGUCAUUUUGCAGAAUCCAAGCAAUAGCUCAGCUUUGCAACAGCGUUAUCAGAUCCAUAAGAGUCCACACCAGUGUUUUUGUGACUGUGAUAUUAGCAUUUGUUAGGCUUUUGUGAGCAGUGCCACCAUAAGUCAGGAAGGCUGUAAAGCAGCAAAGUAACUGGCUGUUUGCUGCAGGUGAUGUUUCAGGUAAAUGCUAUUUUAGCAAGCAGCACCUGGGCUGUUUCCUAACAUUAGCUGUAUAGGUUUCACCUUUUGAGAGAGGAAAAUAGCACUGUACACUGAAGGUUCAUUCAUGGAGAGGGCAGGGAGGAGAUUUGACUAAAUGUAAAUAAUCAUCAGUGGUAGUCUGAUAUUGCAUAUUAUUUGGUGUAAAGUUCCAUUUUCUGUAUAACUGCUGUAUUGUUGUACACCGUUCUCCCUCAGAGACUUUUCGGGAAUUGUAUUGCAUUUCUACUGACAGACUGUAUUCUAUGGAAUAUUGACUGAGAAACCAAAACGUCACCACUGUAUUUACAGUCACGUAACAGGGAGGUUAAUUUACAUUUACUCUGUAACUUACUGGAAAUGGAAAGAAGAAACCAAAACGAUAUCAAAAGACUAAAUAUCCACUUGAUGACUGAAUACAUGCCAGAAUUUAAGACAUUGUUACUGGGAUCAGCCUUUUCAAAUAAGUCAGAGGUUAAGCACACUAAAAAAAAGGAUGGAUGGAUGGAUGGAUAAUCCAUAGAUACAUAAAUUGAUGGUGGAUGGAUGGAUGGAUGGAUGGAUGGAUGGAUGGAUGGAUGGAUGGAUGAAUGGAUGGAUAAUCCAUAGAUGCAUAGGUUGAUGGUGGAUGGAUGGCUGGAUGGAUGGAUGGAUGGAUGGAUAGGUGCAAUAGACAGAUGAGUGAAUGAAUGACUGAAUGAAAGGAUAGAGAGAUGUUGGAUGGAUAGAUAGACAGAUAUUUUGACACUGUAACUGGGUUACCAUCUGCAAAAAACAGCAGAACUCUGUUAAAAAUCAGAUACAUGAAUAUUAGUCUGAUUGUAAAGAUACACAGUCAUCUUAAACAUGCUGUAUAUUUUGUUCAUCCUAUGCUACAUGAAAAAUAUUGUAUCUUUGUAAAGAAAUAUUUCUAUUGUACUGCAUCCUGCUGGAAUUUUGUCAUUUUACUAGAAUGUAUCAAGUCUGUAUAUUGAAAAACCUGUCAUUGUAAUGUAUAUAUUGAUUUAUUGUCAUAAUAUGCAUUUACAAUAUGGAUUUUGUCAUGCUCCUUUUUUCGUUUGUUUGUUUGUUUUUUUGUAUUUUGAACUUAGUCCAUUGUUCCAAACAUAAAAAUGCAUGCAAGACCAACAUUUGAUACCCAGAGGAGCCUGAUUUCAAAUAAAGACAACAUUUCUUACACAUUGUCUUACAUCCUCUUGUAAAAGUACUGCUCCUACCAGAGCAUGUACACCCAUUUAGGUUUACUUCCUUAAGUUUAGGCAACAAAAGCAUGUGGUUAAGUCUAGAAAAAAACAUUAUGGUUUGGCCUAAAAUUGGUAUGGUUGUUACUGAUGAAAUGUAACAUCACAUGACAUUUGUCAUGACAUUCAUCACUAGUGUAGAAUGCCACACAUACUAGCGCACUAUAUUAUUAAUGCCUGGUUCACACAACACGAUAUUGGGUCCAUGUCAUUGGUCCGACAGCCCAUUGGUCCAACAUCCCAUUAGUCCGACGUCCCGUUGUUCCGAUAUGUGAUUAUACUAGGCUAUACUGUAUUUGUGUACCAUAGAGGAUCAGCAACGCAACAAAAGUAGGCUACUGGUUGAGAUACAAGUGUCAUAGAGAGGAGAGAAUGAAACACCAUAACCUGUUAUUAACUCUGGGGUCCGGGUUGUGUGGGAAGCUCUCUGCAGUGCUGAAUGGCUCCCGGCGGGUGUAUUUCUGCCUUGAUGGUGUGCUGCGACCGGCUCUGGGUCAGCUGGGAAAGGCUUGAGGCGAAGCAGGCUCACGUCUUAUCUGUUUGCCACUUUCUUUUUCAUUUUAACCCACACCAUGAUCUUUUCCUAACCCUAACCAAGUGGUUUUUGUGCCUAAACCUAACCAGACCUUAACCACAGGGCAUCAUGGUGAUUUUGGAACAAUGGGACUUCGGAACAAUGGGCUGUCAGACCAAUGGGCAGUUCCCCACAAUA